UUAAACAUAAUAUUUCAGAAAUUACAUUUAAUAAAAUUCUUAAAGCUCUAGAAAUUUCUGAAAUAUCUCUUUUUAAACUUCAUAAGCUUCUUAAAGAUAUAGUUUCAUUAAAACUAAUUCUUAUAAAUUAUUGUAUUAAUUCAUGUGUAGCAUUCACUAAUUGUGCAAAAACUUUUUCUUAUCAACAUAAUUAUACUUCAACUUAUGAAUAUACUAUUGGUAAUCAAAUAGAAGAUAUUUUUGAUGGAUAUCAUUAUAAAAAUUUAGUUUCUUCUGAAUUUUUUUCAGAUCAUCAAGAUAUUGCAUUAAUAGCAUCAACUGAUGGAUAUCAAAAUUUUCAUUAA